AUGCCCUCGAAACGAGAAUCAAGCGAUGCUGCUCGGCAAGGCCGAACCUACCGCUCGACUGCCCCUGCCAAGCAGGUCCGGUUCCCCUCCAGGCGCAGCAGGGUUCGCGGCCAGGGCCAUGGAAUCCAAAAGCGAGAGAGGUCGUCGCUCAAGCAGCAGACCCUGACACAGAUUGGCUUUGUCUCGUCGUUUAGUGACGAGGCUCCGCUUAUGAUUGACGACGAUGACGAGGAUACGUCCGACGGUGCGGCCUGUGACGAUGACGGCAAGCCGGCUGCCCCUCAGAGAAGCUCCGAAGCCGAGUUGGAGGAGCAGCCUCGAGAACCGACCAGACGGUCUGUGAGAGGUCCCAUGAGAGGGUCUGUGAGAGGGACAUCGCCCGUCAUUCAAGACUCUUAUGGGUCUCUAGACAGCAGCUUUCCCGACGAUGUAUUGGGAGAAGCUCCACCACCACAGUCUCUACCCAUACAAGGACGGUAUGCUGCAGUGUCUCCCCGCCGCAGGGGGAAAACGGAACCUUUAGACGCAGCCAAAGCGUCGCCGCGGCGUCGUGCUCACUGGAGUCGAUAUCCAGAGGGCCCAAAGGCGCCGGAGCUGUCCCCUCUGGCAAACGACACGUCGCCGUUGGUCAGGUUCGCCGACGACAGGGAGAUUCCAGACUCUGACGAAGAGUAUGACGAUCUAGAGCCGCGGGACGAUGGGCCAGCGCUACACCAAGAUACGUUUGCGACGGGCCACGAAACUCAGCUUGUCCUAGAGGAACUUGCUGCUCUCGAGGAUUCCCAGCUAGAUGUACAGCACGCGGCAAACGAGCAGCUACCAACAUCACCACCACCCCCAUCGGCACUCGCUUCGUCCGUGGAUGCCGCCAUCAGCAAGCUGGCUCUACCGCCCAUAGAGGCCACUGAGAGUCUACCAACACCAGCGGAAACCGCGUCACAGCUCUCAUCGACCCCGUCAUUCCCAAGGACCACAUCCCAGUCCCACGUUCAGGCUGAGUCUAGCCAAAGCCAAGUGUGGCAAGACCAGGCCUUUGAAUCUCAACGCGUGCCGCUUCACGUCCUUCAGUCAUUCACUCCAGUCUCUGCGCGCACGGAUAUACUCCUGCCCACGCCACUCAAUGUACUCCAGUCCGUCGUUGACGGCUCCGAGACAACCCUCCGUCUGACCUAUCGGGUGCCUGAACAGGUCCGGCGCUUCUGGCUAUUCGACCACGAAACUCUGCGCUACAUGGCCUGCGUGCAGCCUGGCACGCCCCGUGGCUUUCUUGACUGGGAAUACAGCGUCGACCAGGUGUAUGAGCUCAAUAACCCAGUCGACGAGCGUGAUAUGCAGGAAGAGGGAUGGGUGACUGGACAGGUCCGGCGAUAUAUCUAUCUCCCCCCGGCUAUAGUGGGACGGCUUCUAUGGAAUCUCAGAUGCGCAACUUUUGCCCGUGGUCGCAGCAACAAUACGGAAACCCAAGACAGCCGUUCGCCCAAAUCUCUUGAUAGAAAUUACGGCGUUCGUAUCCCCGUCACCUUCUCGCAGCCGGCGACUCAUCCCGAAAACCGCACCAGUUCUCAUCACCCCGACCCGCCAAGCAGCUUCUUGUUUGAAGACCACGGCAGCUCUACCACCACCAUCCCAGCCAACGAUGUCGCCGCCCUGGGUUCAUCCCCCCUCUUGACCAAGAGUCAAAUGCUUUCUGACAGUCUGGUCAGCGAUGAUGUGCCAUAGUU